CAGGAAAGAUGGCGGACGAGGAGGUUGAUGCAGACAUUAGAAACCUGACGGAUAACCUGCGGGAGCUGGGCGACGAGUUACUGGAGCUCGGGGUGUCCGUGCAGUCGUCCGGGGAUUACUGCCAGCGCUUCUGUCAGACACUAGUGCAGUAUGCUGGGAAAUGGAAAAUCUCUGAAGACCCUUUGCCUUUGUUGGAGGUGUAUACAGUGGCCAUACAGAGUUACUCUAAAGCACGGCCAUACCUCACUUCUGAAUGUGAGAAUGUAUGCUUUGUACUUGAUCGACUCGCAUUGAGCUGUACUGAACUUUUGCUCUGCUUACCCGAUGAAGUACCAGACAAACUCUGGGAGCAGUUUCAGGCCUCUGUGCAGGCAGCCCAUAAAAUACUGUUGGAAUAUGCGAAUCCAGAACUUCAAAUGCUGGCUACCCUUGCCCAGGAGGGUGCAGUCUGGAAAAACUCCAUACUUGACAACAUUUUCUCCCAGCAGUCAAUGGAACAGGACAAAGUGAGUGAAUUCCUGCUGCAAGAGGGCCCUGCCCUGCUUGAAAUGCGUAUAAGACAUCUUGUGAAAGAGAAAAGAAUUGAUCAGGCUAUGAAGUUGGCAAAGCUUUGUACAGACCAUCCAGAAAUCGGUACGAAGAGCAUUUUUAAACAGACCUAUCUAACUUGUCUCUGUGCUGCAUCGCCCAACGAAACUUUGAUGGAAGAGAUCUCAACAGUUGACUGUAAAGAUGCAUUGGAGAUGAUUUGUAACCUGGAGUCUGAUGGGGAGGAAAAAACAGCCCUCAUCUUGUGCACUACCUUCCUCACUCGACAGCUUCAGCAGGGUGACCUGUAUUGUGCGUGGGAACUGACCCUUUUCUGGAGUAAAUUGCAGCAACGGAUGGAACCUUCUGCACAAACUUUUCUGGAAUGCUGUCGGCAAUUCUCCAUGCUGUCUAAAACUGUGUAUCACAUAUUUUUUCUCAUUAAGGUCAUUCAAUCAGAGGCUGGAGAAGCUGGGCUUUCAUCUUGCAUUGAGCUUUGUGUGAGAGCGCUACGCAUGGAAUCAAAUGAAAACCCCACAGUAAAGACAUCUAUUUGCAAGACCAUAUCGUGCUUGUUGCCUGAUGAUCUAGAAGUCAGACGUGCAUGCCAGCUUACUGAAUUCCUUUUGGAGCCGACUGUGGAAGCUUAUUAUGCAGUAGAAACAUUGUAUAACCAGCCAGACCAGAAGUAUGAUGAUGAAAAUGGUCCAAUCCCAAACUCACUGCGAUGUGAACUCCUACUUGUUUUAAAAACUCAUUGGCCUUUUGACCCUGAAUUUUGGGACUGGAAAACUCUAAAACGUCAUUGCCUAGCAUUAAUGGGAGAGGAAGCUUCCAUUGUGUCUUCCAUCGAUGAACUUAAUGACAGUGACCUCUUUGAUGAAAACAACGAGAGCCACAAUGAAGUUGAAGCUAAAGAACAUUCUCUGAACGGACUUCCUAAGUUUUAUAGUGAUAUGGUAAAAGUGCAAAAUUACUCACCUGAGGCUAUGAUCAUCAAAAAAGAAAAAGAAGAGAAGAAAAUCGAGAGAGGUGUGGUAUCCGCCAGGUUUAAGAACUGGCAAGCCUACAUGCAGUAUUGUGUAUUAUGUGACAGAGAGUUUCUUGGACACCGAAUCAUCCGCCAUGCUCAAACGCACAUGAAGGAUGGGAAUUAUUACUGCCCUAUAUGUGCCAAAAGUUUCAAGAAAAAGGAGAUUUUUGUCCCACAUGUCACAUUUCAUAUUAAACAGUCAUGUAAAGAACGACUGGCUGCUAUAAAACCAAAAAGAAGAGUUGGAAGACCACCCAAGAACAUUACUGACAAUAGUGCAAGUCCAAAGAUGACUGCAAUAGAUACAGAACAUCGUCCUAUUAAAAGAAACAGCCUCUACGGUGAGGAUUUUGUAGUGUUUAGUGACAGUGACGGUUCUGAUGAUGAAGGCAAAGAUAAGUCAUACAAACCAGACAUUACAGCUACACAAAAAGUUGACUGCACAGAAGAUUACAACUGUCCUGUAACCAUCUGCACCAAAACGUUCAAGUAUUUUAAAAACUUAAUUGCACAUGUGAAAGGUCAUAGCAACGAGGAAGAGGCAAAACAGUUUCUUAAAAUGCAGAGUAAUAAAGUUGUUUGCCAAUAUUGUCGGCGACGCUUUGUCAGUGUUUCUCAUCUUAAUGAACAUUUACAAAUUCACUGUGGCCCGAAACCAUAUGUUUGUAUACAGCUGGAGUGUAGCGCAAGCUUUGGCACAUAUUCCGAAUUAGUCGGACACAGGAAAGAGCAUAUCCUGUUCAAAGCCAAAUGUAUGUUUCAGAACUGUGGAAGAAUAUUUACUGAAUCCUACUUGUUGUAUGAUCAUGAAGCACAGCAUUAUCACAGCUCCUCCUAUACUUGCAGAUAUCCAAACUGUGGAAAAAUUUGUUUCUCCCAGAGUGAAAUCCAAAAGCAUGAAGCGGGACAUGUUGCAAAUGUGCGUAUAAAAACUGAGGAUCAAAAUAGUUCAUCUUUUGAAUCAAGUCAGAUUACUGACAAUGCAACUGAACAGGUAGGGAACCAAAUAGACCAACUGUUGGAAACCAUAGUAGAAAAUAAUAAAACUGUCAAACAAUUUGAUAUUAACAAUUAUGAUAUGUCAUUGACUUAUGAAAAGCCACAGCAGGAAAGACGUCUCCAGACCUCAGGUGACAAAAGUGACUGUGGACAGCAUAAGACACAUAACCAGUCUGAUUCUUACCAUAAUGGUUUUGCUGUAGGCUGUACUACGAAUGAAAUUAAAUCAAAACCUGUGGCACAAGAACUACACAGCUCAUCAACAAACGGAGACCAGAAUUCCCUUCCUAAUGGUGAAUAUGCUAACAAAGUCGUAAAAACUGAAGAACUAAACCACAAUAUUUUGUCUGAAACCAUGUUUAAAGGGGAUGGUAUGUUUACGCCAAUGCUACCUAAAACCAGUGUAGAAACUGUAGGAGGUGAAGUGGUGGAAUCGCUUCAAAGGUUUAACUGUAAGGUUGAAGGCUGCAGUAGAAGCUAUACCUUAGCACGCAGUGUCAGCAAACAUAUAAAGGCUGUCCAUCCUGAAUACUAUGAAGCCUUGAAGAAAAAAGAGAAUUUAGCAAAAGUUCAACGGAUUAGAAAUCCAUUGAAAUGUCAAAAUCAGGACAAACCUGCAAAUCCAUCUUGUUUGCCAGAUGAGCAGAUCACAAAUAUGUUAUCUGAAAGCAGUCAGAAUGCAGUAAAUCAGCAGCUUGUAACCAGUGUUUUAAAAGUUGAAAAUGGAAAUGUAUCUCAACCCAGGAAGAAAAGGCACACACACAACAAACGUGCAAAGUGGCCUGCUAUCAUCAAAGGCGAUAAAUUUAUCUGUAGUAGAUGUUACAGAGAGUUUACUAAUCCUAAAUCCCUUGGAGGUCAUUUGUCACGUCGUGCCAUUUGUAAGCCAUAUGAUGGAAAUGAAAGUACGUCACAUGUGGGGCAGAAGAAUGGACAGGCUUUAUAUCAGACUGAAAAGAUUCUUUCAACCAGUGCAUUUACUCCACAGGCACGUGACCCUCCCUAUAUCCCAGAUACAUUCCUGACUGGAGAAACAUUUCUUCAGUCUUUUGAAAUGGGGGACAGUGCAACUUCAUUUGGUGCUCAUGAGAUCUUUUCGUCAACACAUGAAAGCAGCUAUAAUUCCACUGUAUUUGAAUCAAGCAAAUCUCUUCAGCAAGCACUAGAAGAUGCUGGAACUGCAAGCACAUUUGAGACUGAAGUAAUUCAGCAGACCUUUCAAACUAGUUUUGACACAAAUGCAGUAGAGGAUAACCCAGCCAUGGCAUCAAAUAUGGCUAUGUCACAGGCACUAAAAGCUGUGUGCAGCCCAGGGCCAUUUGUGGCUACUGAAGGUAUAAACGCUGAGGUAUCACCAAUGCUCAAUCCUGUAAAAGACACUGCUCUCUUUUCUCCUUGUGAGUCUUUGCAACAGACACUUGAGUCCAACUUUUGCUCAGGGCCAUAUGUGGGCAAUGAAAUCAACCCACAAGAUUUGGAAAGCAACUGUGAGGCACCUAUGUUUGUUGCUAACGAGCCCCUCCCUGAGAUCAUAAAUGCUACAACAACUUGCAAUUAUAUAGCGCCCUUCACGCAGGGUAGUGUCCCGGAUGCUACUUGUAAUACAUCUUCAUCUGAGGAGUCAAAAACAUUUGAUACAAGAAUAGCAGAACUAUUGAUGGGCUUACAAAAUCUCAAUUUGGAAAGUGAUGCAAAACUUUUCAGCAGCAAUGGAAUGCAUGGUUCUUCCAUGAACAUCAUGGCACAUGCAUCAACGAAUCAUUGUACUGAGAAUCCCGACUUAAUCAAUCCGUGUUUGACAACUCCACAAACAAACACACAACAAGAAAUUGCUCAAACUGAAAAUAACAAAGAGCUUAAAGUAAACCUUGUAAAACCAUUUGUCUGCCAGGACGAAGGGUGCAUCUAUAGUGCUAUGACUAAAGAUGCUCUGACUAACCAUUAUGUUAAAGUGCAUCAAUAUUCCAGGGAGAGGAUUAUGGAAAUCAAGAUGUAUCAAACUAGAUUUGCUCCAUUUAGAUGCCAUGUUCCCAAUUGCCAGAAGACAUUUACAAGAAACUCUAACCUCCGAGCACACUAUCAGUCAGUCCACCACGUAGCACGGGAAGAACUGGUGAAACUAAGAAUUAAAAGAGCAUACUGUAGAAAGCCAGAGGGCUCUGACAAAACUGCCGAAUCUGUACAGCCGGUGAAGGAAAUUAUUUCUCAACCAGCAAUCAUUAACUCACAGGAGAAAGAUUCUAAGUGUCACACUGAAUUAGAGUCGGUAGCUAUAGGACCUAAUGAAUUUGGCCCUUAUUUACACAGCACUCAGAAUACACAAACUGUAUUGUGUAAUGAUGGAAUGCCACAAGAUGACCUGGUGCUGCUGGCAGGACUUCAGAAUGGUUUGGUGCUACCAGCAGGACCACAGGAAAUCUUAGUAGCGGCAGCAGGGCUACCACACAACUCUGCACUAGCAGUAGAACCGCAUGUUGCCACUUUGCUGGUAGCCUCAACACCAGCAGCGGGGCCCCAGAGUGUGUCCCUGCUGCCAGCGGGGCUUCAGAGUGUAUCACUUAUACUUCCAGAACCUGAAAAUUCAUCAUUGCUGUCUGCAGGGCCCCAAGAUAUCCUGGGGCCACAGAUGGUUUUGCCCCAGGUCUCGCCCCUGCCGAUUGUUCCUCAGGUGGUUUUGCCCCAGGUCUCUUCCUUGCCGAUAGAUUCUGAGGUGCUUUUGUCUCCAAUCUCACCCCUGCCAAUGGACCUUCAGGUGGCUUUGCCUCUGGUCUCAUCCCUGCCAACCUGUCCUCAGGUGGUUUUGCCACAGGUAUCACCCAUGCCAGCAGGUCCACAGGUGGUCCUACCACUGCCAGUGGGGUCUGAAAUUUCCUCUCCCCUAUCAACAAUGCCACAAGUGGUCUUGCCACUCCCAGCAGGACCCAAUGUGGUCUCAUCACUACAAGAGGCUACUGUGCAAACAACAAGAUCAGAGGUCAUCUUGGCCCAUAUGCCUGGUGUCUCAAUGCAGCAGAAUAAUCCUGAAGGAGAUUUAAAUCAGGCUCAAAAUAUCGAAUGUACUUUAAAUCAGGCACACAAUUUAGGAGNAAAAAAGCGUAGGAAAGCAAUUACAAAAAUAAAAGCACAAUAUGAUGCUAAUAAGUUUCACAAACCUUAUAAAUGUGUCCACAAAGGUUGCUCUGCAGCUUUCACUAUUCAACAAAACUUAAUCCUGCACUACCGAGCUGUGCAUCAGUCAGAUCAACACUUGCUGCUUCGUUCAGAGAUCAAAGAAGAGAGCACCCAAAAUGAGAGCAUCCAGAUUAGGAAAGAGUUCAGUUGUCAGCUCGAUGACUGUUGUAGAAUUUUCCAAGGAGUUACUGAUCUCAUUAAACACUAUGCUGAACUUCAUGAUCUUGCUUUGGACGAAAUGGGGAAAUUGGUGUCUUCCAUGAGUGAAGGAAAGUUUCAUUGUGACCAGGCUCAGUGCAUGUCUUCAUUUACAGUUUUCUGGAGCUUUAUCAAACACCUUUUGGUAGCUCAUGGCAUAGAUGUGGAAAGUAAAGAUAGUGACCAGGAAAUGGCCUGUUUCAAGUGCGACUGUGAAGGCUGUGACCGUACUUAUGCUACUAGAUCUAAUCUCCUAAGGCACAUUUUUACAAAGCACAGAGAGCUCCAUCGAUCUCAUUUAAUGAGACCCAGAAGAAUAAUACCAACAGACCAAGAAAACAUUGCAAGGACAGCUAGUCAGGAAGAUCUAUCCGAUGGAAAGGAUUAUUUAGGAUCCGAAGAAUUCAGUGAAAAUGAAGACGUCGAAAAUCACGGUAAAUCUAAACCCGUAUCAAGGGAAUGUUUUACUUCAGAUAGCAAGAAUUUGAAUGGCGGUGAAGUUGAUGAUAGUAAGUCUUACAGCUCUAGAAAAAUUGGUAAAUAUACGUUUAAAAGUAAGGCCCAAGCCUUGGCCAUGUGUAGCUGCAAGUCUCUGAGAGAGCAGUUUCCAUGUAUGUUUGAGAGUUGUUCAUCUGUUGUCACCAGUGAAAGCAGUCUAGUAAAACAUUAUAGGAUUCAUCACAAAAUAUCCAAUACGUUUGUUAGUCAAUACUACAAUCAUCUGGUAACUUGCAGGACGUAUUCGAGCGCCCAAGGCAAAGAAUCAACUGAGUACGUAAGCAACGGUCAAGAGGGAUCUGUGGAGAAUGCCAUCUAUGGAGACGUGGUUCAACAGCAGGUCAAGUUAAGUGAAACUGAAAUUUUGAAUAAGAGAGUGGAGAAAAAUGACCUUUUAAAGAGCUCUUUUGAUGAACUUUCAGAAAUGUUUAAUGCUAAGCUGGUUAAUGAUACAAAUGGUUCUGCUGAGAAUAAAACUGGACUGGAAAAAUGGUAGAGGUGAGCGCUGACAAUAAGUUCACAAAUGUAAAUAACCAUCAACCCUGUAAGAAAAGGUCAAACAUUCACCUGACUCAUUCAGACAUAGAAAAAGAAUGUGUUCAAAGUAAAAAGAAAAAGAAUUUAGUCAUGGAAAAACCUGAACAACUAUUGGAAGAUAAUGUGAACAGAACUCUUCAUGAGAAAGUGGCUUCACCUGCUCCAGACAACAGUCCGUGUUUGAACAAGGGUCAACAUCACAAGACUUUUGAUUUGAGUACAUUUAAACCUAUGGGGUUUGAAGUCUCAUUCCUAAAGUUCCUUGAGGAGUCUGCUGUAAAGCGAAAGAGAAAACCUGUGGCUUAUAAAGGUCCAUGUCACAGUGGUUCUACUGCUAA